AUGGAACCAGCACUUAUUUUACUAAAAUUCUAUUUCAUAUUUCAGAUACUUUGCCUUGCAAGCUUAGCUGUUGCUGCACCACAAGGAUAUAAUUAUGCACAUCAACAAGAUGUAUUACCCACAUCAUCUGGCAUUACAUCAAAUUUAAAUGGUGUUGCGCAGACUAGUCAAAAUUUUGAUGCAGUACAACAACAAAUUGAUGCCUUUGUUAAUGCUAAUAAUGGUGAACAGUUCAUACCAACUGCUCCAGCGGCAGUGCAACAACAAAUCUCGCCUGCUGGUAUACCAACAGCACCACAGGCACGUUAUUUGGCGCCUGCUGUAGUUGCUGCGAAUGCCUUACAAGCACCAGCAGUCUAUCAACAGCAACAAAAUCAAAUUGCCGAAAAAUCUGCUGAAGCUUUGGUGACAAAACGGUUCUUUAUACACAGCGCUCCAGAAGAAGAAGAGGAGGCGAGAAGUGAAAAAACUAUAACAGUCGGUCAAGCACGCAAAAACUACAAUGUUGUCUUUAUCAAGGCGCCAUCAAGAGCUGCACAAAGAACAUCCGUCAAAAUUAGACCCGCUGCUAAUGAGGAACGUACUGUCAUCUACGUUUUGGCCAAGAAACACGACAGCAGCGAAGUUGAUGCUCAAGUUAUUGAACCUGCAACCACAACUAGUAAACCCGAGGUCUACUUUAUCAAAUAUAAGACUUCAGAGGAAGCUGCUCAUGCACAGCAAACCAUACAGGCUCAGUAUGACAAUUUGGGUGGUUCCACUUUUAUUUCAAAUGAGGGUGUCUCACCUGUUACUUCUGUAAUUGGUAGUUUGGAUGCAGUGAAACAUGCAGCCGCAGCUACUGAAGUAGAUCAGCCUGAGCCAGAAUAUGUUGCUGCUGCACAAAACUCUUUGCAGUCUCAGCAGCAACAACAGCAGUUGCAACAAGCAGAAGCUGUUGCACCUGUACAAAACCAAUAUAGUCAACCCAUCAAUAAUGCAUAUUUGCCACCAUCCAGAUACUUCCAUUAA